UUUUUUAUUUUGAUCCAUCCCACAUACAAGCCUAUUAUAUAAAAUUGGUUUUAAUUUUUCUAUAAUUUCUUGCCAAGACUUAUGAGUAGUUGACUAGCCCCAAUCCAACAACUUUUGCGUCAAAAAGCCCAAACUCGCCUUCUCCCAAAACCUUCCUAAGGAGUCAAAAUCAUGAACCCUCCGCCGCAAACCACCAGGAUCUCCACUAGAAGCACCGUCAAGAAACUUUGUGAAAACCCCUCAGCGUCGUCCAAAAUCCCAUUCCGGCCGCGCAAAAUCCGAAAACUUACCGCCAACUUCCCCGUUGACAACGCCAUAAAAUCCCCUCAACCUUCCCUCACCACAAUCCCAAAAUCUCUAUCGACAAAAUCCGAAAUCGACCUCGCUCUCAACCAUCUCCGCACCUCCGAUCCUCUUCUCGCCACCGUCAUUUCGACCCAUCCCCCGCCAAAACUCUCUCCUUGUAAAUCCCCCUUCCUCUCUCUUUCCAAAUCCAUUCUCUUCCAACAACUCGCCACCAAAGCCGCCAACUCAAUCUACAGCCGCUUCAUUUCCCUCUGUGGAAACGAAUCCAACGUCCUCCCAAACACGGUCCUCUCUCUUACCCCGCAAAAGCUCCGGGAAAUUGGCGUCUCAGCCCGCAAAGCAAGCUAUCUUCACGAUCUGUGUGACAAGUUUUCAACUGGGGUUUUGUCGGGUACUUCGAUCCUUACAAUGGACGAUGAAACGUUGUUCCAAAUGUUGACAGCUGUCAAAGGAAUUGGGCCUUGGUCGGUCCACAUGUUUAUGAUUUUUUCGCUUCACAGGCCCGAUGUUUUGCCUGUGGGGGAUCUUGGAGUGAGGAAAGGAGUCCAGUUUUUGUAUGGGUUGAAAGAGCUGCCAAAGCCAUUGCAAAUGGAGCAGAUAUGUGAGAAGUGGAGGCCUUACAGAUCAGUUGGGUCGUGGUACAUGUGGAGGCUUGUGGAAGCUAAGACCAAAGGGAAUGGAAACGCUCAAAGUGAUGAAGCUGAACAAAAUGAAGGGUUUUAGUUAUGUUUUUAGGAUUGAAAAUUGAAUCAUUUGUCUAAUUGUCUGUUUCUUCUUUAAUUGCUUGUGUUGUCGUGCUUUUAAGUAGAAUUAAAUAUAAAUAUGAUAUGUUUAAUUUUACAUGCUUUAAUCCUUUUGAGCUUAAGGAAAUCUGGGUCAGACGCUCAUCUAAAUGCUGUUAUCCAGAAACGUGGAUAAAAACCCAGUUGAUGUUAUCUUCAAUCUAAAAGUCCAAGUGAUGAUAAA